GCUGCCGCCGCCACCACUGCGGUCGCCGCAUGCAAGGGCUUCUGGGAGCCGAGCCUCGGGGUCUCGGGGAAGGGGCGCAGGUAGCCGCCAUCUUGAGCUGCGAACCUUGUCGCUACGUUCAACGCUAGGGGCGGAGUGGCGACCCUACUGUUACCUGCAGCGGACGCAGCAGCCGGGAACUGGGAAGUUAAGGCAUCGGGUACUGCCACAUUAAUGGAUGCAAUGGCUAGUCCAGGGAAAGAUAACUAUAGAAUGAAAAGUUACAAGAAUAAAGCCCUAAAUCCCCAAGAAAUGCGUAGACGAAGAGAGGAAGAAGGAAUACAGCUUCGAAAACAAAAAAGGGAAGAGCAGUUGUUCAAACGCAGAAAUGUCUCUUUGCCCAGAAACGAUGAGUCUAUGCUAGAAAGUCCUAUCCAGGAUCCAGAUAUCAGUUCCACUGUCCCCAUUCCAGAGGAAGAAGUUAUCACCACAGAUAUGGUACAGAUGAUUUUUUCUAACAAUGCUGAUCAACAGCUAACAGCAACACAGAAAUUUAGAAAGCUGCUUUCCAAAGAACCUAAUCCACCAAUUGAUCAGGUUAUACAGAAACCAGGAGUUGUACAGAGAUUUGUGAAAUUUCUUGAAAGAAAUGAAAAUUGUACUUUACAGUUUGAAGCUGCAUGGGCAUUAACUAAUAUAGCAUCUGGAACUUUUCUGCAUACCAAGGUAGUGAUUGAAACUGGGGCUGUUCCAAUUUUUAUCAAACUUCUUAAUUCAGAGCAUGAAGAUGUGCAAGAGCAGGCUGUUUGGGCACUUGGUAAUAUUGCUGGUGACAAUGCAGAAUGCAGAGAUUUUGUUUUGAAUUGUGAAAUACUUCCACCUCUUUUAGAGUUAUUAACAAAUUCAAACAGACUUACAACAACCAGAAAUGCUGUAUGGGCCCUCUCAAAUUUAUGUAGAGGCAAAAACCCUCCUCCAAACUUUAGUAAGGUUUCACCUUGCUUAAAUGUCUUGUCACGAUUGUUGUUUAGCAGUGACCCAGAUGUAUUAGCAGAUGUAUGCUGGGCCCUUUCUUAUCUUUCUGAUGGACCCAAUGAUAAAAUUCAAGCAGUCAUUGAUUCUGGAGUCUGUCGAAGAUUGGUGGAACUUUUGAUGCAUAAUGAUUAUAAAGUUGUAUCGCCUGCAUUAAGAGCAGUUGGUAAUAUUGUGACUGGUGAUGAUAUUCAAACACAGGUAAUUUUGAAUUGCUCUGCAUUACCAUGUCUCUUACAUUUGUUGAGUAGCCCAAAGGAAUCAAUCAGAAAAGAAGCCUGCUGGACUGUUUCUAACAUCACUGCUGGAAAUAGAGCUCAGAUUCAGGCUGUUAUAGAUGCAAAUAUUUUUCCUGUUUUGAUUGAGAUUCUUCAGAAAGCAGAGUUUCGCACCAGGAAAGAAGCAGCUUGGGCUAUAACUAAUGCAACAUCAGGAGGUACUCCAGAACAAAUAAGGUAUUUGGUAGCCUUAGGUUGCAUUAAACCACUUUGUGACCUGUUGACUGUUAUGGACUCUAAAAUAGUCCAAGUGGCUUUAAAUGGACUUGAAAAUAUUUUACGUCUUGGAGAACAAGAAUCUAAGCAGAAUGGAAUAGGCAUUAAUCCAUACUGUGCUCUCAUUGAAGAAGCAUAUGGUCUGGAUAAAAUUGAAUUUCUGCAAAGCCAUGAAAAUCAGGAAAUUUACCAAAAGGCUUUUGAUCUGAUUGAACAUUACUUUGGUGUAGAGGAAGAUGACCCCAGCAUUGUACCUCAGGUGGAUGAAAGUCAGCAACAGUUCGUGUUUCAGCAGCAGGAAGCACCAAUGGAAGGAUUUCAACUUUAACUUGGUGGGGUAAAAAUUACUGGCUAUGAAGGAUGGUUUCAGAGAUCUCUUCUUUGUUACAAUAUCAGUAGGAAUGUUUGCUGUGUUUUUACUUAGAACAGAAAAGGAAAAAGUUGAUGCACUUUUAAAAAGCAAAACAAAAGUUUCCAUUCAGAUGCAAUCUUCCAUUAUAGGUUUUUUUAUUUUGGUGUACGUAUGUUUGUGUUUUUAUUGUCUUACCUAUUUUUUGUAAUGUGAGCAAUUAAAUAUAUAUGAAAUUAUUUAAUAACUUAAGCUUGAAAAGGAGAACUUUGAUAAAGUAUUAUAUAUAAUAGUUCUGAGUUUUUUUUCUCGCAUCUUGGAAACUGCACAUUGGCAGUACAGCUGAUAAUUGCAUUUUGGCAGUAAGUCUGACAUGCCCAAUCUACUAAAUCUACCUCUAUCUUGAAGCAAAAACAAAAAAGCUUCAGAAGCAUGAAAUAGUGUAAAAGCUAAAUUAGAAUGUGAAAAUAUCUGUUACCUUAAAUUAUAAAUCACUGUGCUGUAGGUUAUACUUUGCAAAAAAAAAAAAAAAAUUAUAACAGAAAACCUGUAAAAUUUAUUUAUAAAACAUAGAAGUAUUGUACUGAUAAUCAAUUAAAAUGUGGCAAUUGUGAAGAGAAAAGCUGUUCUUCAUGUUGAACACAUUAAGAUGAUUACACAUUUAAAUAUUUGUGUUUUUAACAUGUAAAUGCUAUUAUAUUAGUAUAUUUUGUAUUUUGACCAAAAAAUGCUACCAUUUUUGAAAUAGUGUUUUAUUAUUUUUUCACUCUUCAUUUUAAAAAGCAUCAUGAUAGAGAUGCCAUCAUGAAUCUAAAGUAGUGCUGCAUAGCAAAAAUAAUACUGUAAUCCUUUCUCUGAUUUUUUUCAGAGCAGUCAUUGUAAAGUUUCACUUUCUGUGUAAUAAUAAACUUAGGUACUUGAAUGACAAAAUUUUCCUGAAGAAAUCACCUUGUUACGUGUUAAAUUUUAUUAAAUGGACUUAAUGUUUGGACACUAAAGGAUGACACUAAUGAAAGUUGCUAAGGACUCUUUAAUAUAGUUGAAAUCUGUACUAGGAAUUUUUUUUCAUUUUUCAUAACACUUGGAGGGCCAUACUGCUGCUUGUUGUAAAUCUGUUUUAAGUUACAUUUGUAUCAGAUUGGUCAACAUAAUGUACAUGUUUUAUGUUUUAACAGCAAAAGCCUCUUCAAACCAUGAAGCUUUUAAAAAAAAGUUUCAAUAGGAAAGUAUAUAUAUAUUUAUUUAUAGAUACAUAUGUAAAUGGUGUCUGUGUGUUAUUUUCACAGUGAUGUACUUGGUAGAGCUUUCUAAGCAGAUGUGGUACUGUUGAACUCAGUCUUUUCAUUUAUAGUUAUAUGCAGGCUAUUUACACUUCUAAUUAUAUACCUAAAAUACUUAUUUAAAAAUUAGUAUACAACUGUUUUAAGAUGGGAACUAAAGCAUUUUUGAUAUGAUUCAUAGUCUAUUCUGUAAAGAAAGAUUUCAUUUAUGAUAGCAUUUAUAAUGUUUCUGCUGGAAAUCAGAGGCAUGUUACAAGAAGAAAAUGUAUAUAGGAAUACUUUUAAAUAGUAUGACACUUUGUAAAUUAUGUAUCAUGAAACUAUGCUUUUGGCAAGACACUUAAAACCUACAGCUAUAAAAUACAGGUUUAAAUGGUGUCCAUAAUACUGACUGUAUCUGCCAAACCCCUUUUUAUAUAUUGUUAAGUAGAGGAUUAUAUCUGUGCCCUUUUUAUUGUAGUGGAAGUUAGAAAGUUUAGUAUAAAAAGUUUUUCUCUUGUGUUAUGUAUAGUCAAAAGAACAGGGUAGUUAUAUCAAAGAUUAUCAAAUUGAUGGUGAAUUUAUGAGGUAAACAUUUUUUUUGUGGUACAGAUGGUUCUAAGUAUCAGGUGACAGGGUAUUACACUCUUUCUAAUCAAUUGAACUUGAUAAUCCAGCAUAAUUCAUAAACUAACCAGCUGUGCCUGCUUUUAUUUUGAGGACCCUGUAGUCACAUUAAUAAAUAAGCCAAGUCUUUCAAACAAAAUAGUUCUUAUAGAAGGAAAAAUAAUACAUAUGUGUGUGCAUACCCACACACAUAUAAAACGAUUUUUGAGGAGACAGUUUUUAAAUUUUGCCAGUAAAAUCUUUUAUCUCUAACACAGAAUAUGACCAUAUUUUAAACAUCUAAAUAUAGAAUCAUAUUUAAUUUCUUAGAUCUGUUAUUUGGGUAAUUAAUUUGAUUAGAUUUGAAUGCAAGAGGGAGUGAGUAUCUAUCUAUUAGUUGGGACCAGCUAUGGACAUGCUGAUGACUUCAUUGAACCAAGACUAGCAAAUACUUCAUUACUAAAAUUUUUUUAUAUGACUACACUUUUCAAAUAAAAUAUUG